UCGGAGCGCUACGUCAUGCAGCCACGCAACUCCUGAUCCAGGGGGCAAGAAGAACUCGUUGCGGUCCGGGUUGCGCCGUCACCGGCUCACCGCUCUCCUUGCUCCCCCCUUCUGUCCCCCGCCGCGGUCUCCCAAGAGGCCCGAUUGACGCCCCCGGCUCCCACCGCAUCGUCGGGAUACGCCUGCCGUGCGCGCGGGUUGAAUCCGGAGCUCGACCCCGUCGUCUUCAUCGACAGUGCCAAGCCCUGCUUCGCUUGUCAUCCAUUCUAAGGUUGGAUCUUUCCUUUCUGCGCCCACAUGUUCUCCAUCUGAGCCGAGAUCCCAAAUUCCCGCAGCAUUAGGCUUUCAUUCAAUCGCUCGGAUCCUAGAUUCCAAACGCCUAACUCGCCGUGGGUUUUGGCCGUACCUGCGGAUUCUUUUUAAUGGGAUGAAAUAGGCUAGGAAAAGUACUGUAUUUCUCAUUAGGAAAAUGGGGAAAGAAGCUUUGUUUUGUUAGUACAUUGUCUUACCCGGCGAGGUUAUUCUUGAACUGCGAUUUCUUUGUUGAUAAUGUUCCUGUGCAAGCCAAAUAUAUAUUGGUUAACUGUCGGCUAUGUUUUUCCAGGUAUCCCGCGAUGGGGAUCAGCAGGACUCAAGUGAAUCUGCUAAGGUUGCUCGACUCUGCUCCACGGCAGGAGAACCAGGCUAAGCUCAUCCAUUAUGUCACCACAUCCCGGGAACUGUUAGAGCAGCUGGCAGCAGAAACUACAUCAGAAGGGAUAUCAAGUGUUUCAAAAGUCAAAUUGAAUGAGUAUUCUGACAAGAUUGAAGAACUUGCUGCAAGGCUUGCUUCCAAAGUGCCAGAUGAUGCACUUAAUGAGAUACAAGAAGAAUACUCUUCCGAAGUGGAACAUGUAAGAAGUCCAAUAGCCCUAUCCUCAGGAUUGAAGAGGAGAUUAACUGCUCAAGUAGAGGCUAGAGAAACUGUCAGCGAAAAAGAAAGAGAUGUUGGAGCACCUAUUAGAUUGGAUGCAGACGCCCAAGCUCAGAUUGAAAAACAUAGAAAUCUGCAAGAAGGUUUUACCGAUGAAAUGGUUGAAUUAGCUCGCCAACUGAAGGAGACCAGUCUUUUAAUGAACCAAUCUGUGCAGGAGACUGAGAAGAUACUUGAUUCAACAGAGAGGGUUGUGGAGCAUAGCUUGGCAGGCACCAGUCAUGCUAAUGCACGUGCAGUGGAAGUGUAUUCAUUGACCUCCAAGACAACAUGUUUCCAGUGGCUUCUGCUUUUUGUGAUGACCUGCAUGUUUUUCAUGGUGGUUCUGCUCAUACGGAUUACAUGAGACCCUGGGACUCACAUACAGCACAUGAUUUUUGCUUCUUGAAAAUGGUGUUCCAGUCUUACUAAGACCAUGAAAGAUGCUGGGCACUUUCUCUAACAAGGUUCCAACUGCCACACAAAUAUAUAUUGCACAAUGGUUGCUGACCGAGUCAUGUGAAUAAUUCCUCCUUUUUUGGAUAGCUGUAUUGAGUUGUGUUCACUGUAUAUAUGCCCUAUAUGGAUUCCAUGUUUUUAGCUAAUGAAUAGAAAUGUGACUGAUUACUGGAAGUGAUUAAACUGUAACUGCAGGAAUGCCAACUGAAAUACAAAUAUUGAGCCAGUUAUUCUGUUGCUUUGUGCCCCA